GGGAAGUGGGGCGGCAGUGGCCCGCGCUGUGUGAUCGGCGGGCUGAGAGUAAAGGGUGCCCUGGGGGGCUGUCGCCCCGAUCCCCCGAUCGCUGGUGCGCUGCCUCCCGCCUCUCCCCGCCUCGUUGUUCGGGGCCGGAGAGGCACAACUCGGCCAUUUGUUGGCGCCGCGAGGCAUGAAGCUCACCAAAGCCCAGUACGAUGAAAUAGCCCAGUUCCUGGGGCACGUGCAGCCCACCCGGCAGAGCCUGAGGAAGCUGAAGGAGAAGUUCCCUAGUCAAUCGCAGUCCACUCUGCUGAGCAUCUUCUCCCAGGAGUACCAGAAACAAAUAAAAAGAACACAUGCCAAGCAUCAUACUGCAGAAGCAGUUGAAUCUUACUACCAAAGGUACCUGAAUGGGGUGAUGAAAAAUGCCACUGCCCCUGUUUUACUGGAACUGGCCAAUGAGAUGGACUUUGCCCCAUCUCUCAUGGCUCGUAUUGUGUUGGAAAGAUUUCUACAAGAGCAGGAACAAGCCAUCCCAUCCAAAACUCUUAUAAAUAGUAUGCUACGGGAUCCUUCUCAGAUUCCAGAUGGAGUUCUAGCAAAUCAAAUCUAUCAGUGUACUGUGAAUGACUGUUGUUAUGGACCACUGGUGGACUGCAUCAAACAUGCUAUUGGACAUGAGCAUGAAGUCUUGCUGCGAGAAAUGCUUUUGGAAAAAAAUCUUUCUUUUAUAGCCGAAGAUCAGCUUCGAGCAAAGGGUUAUGACAAAACACCAGACUUUAUUUUAGAAGUGCCAGUAGCUGUUGAAGGACACAUAAUUCACUGGAUUGAAAGCAAAGCCUCAUUUGGUGAUGAAAGUAGCCAUCAAGCCUACUUGCAGGACCAGUUUUGGAGCUACUGGAAUAGUGUGUCAAGGAAGCAAAAAAAGAAGCCAGGAGUACUGCCUGUUCUUUGGCAUACAACGUUAUGAAAAUAACAUAAAGUUCCAAAUGUUUUUUGUCCCGUAUUAUGAAGAUAAAUGAUAGGUUUCUAGGAAAAAUACAAAUCAUGUCAAACUACUUCUUAAAUCGUUCUGCAAAAUGUCCAGGGGAACAAGUUCAGAGAGAACAGCCUGUGUUCCACUACUGUGGAAAAGUUUUCCAUUUCUAAAUGCACACCACACUGUCCUUAGUGGCCUACUUUCUGGGCCCUUCCCUGUAAAAUCAUUGUGUGGAGCUCUGAAUAUUAAUACCUUUGUCUGUUGAUUUAUUUUAAAUAAAGCUUAAUUUCCACAAGCCUCUGUCCCUCUCCCUGUUUUGAACAGUUCACCAAAUUAGGUGUGUAAUGGGCACAGUGGGAGAAUCCCCUUCAUGUGCACAUCUCUGGGAAAUGUGGAUCACAAUGUGGAGCCUAUCUCAAAAUGUAUAUAUAUGUGUAUCUGAGCAUACAUAUAUAUGUCUGAAUUGCAUAAUGGUAAUUAAAAUAUUAUAUUUACGUACAUAAUUCUGUGAAGUCAUCACAGCCAUUUUGGAGCAUACCAAUAUCAUAAAAGUUUAAAGUUGUUCUUUAUUUCUGACAUUAAUAUUUCUUAUAUCUUUUCUAUUUUACUUUCACUGAUUUUCCUCAUACACAAUAUGUGAUGUUGUGAGUGUAUUUGAACUGAAACUAGUAGAAAACAAAACUUCUUAACAAUGGAAUGUAUUAAGAUUUUUUUGUUAAUUGCAGACAAGAUGAAAAAAAGCUGAUGUUGUACCUAUGGAGAAAUACAUGCUACAUGAGUCUUUUCCAUGACAUGAGGGAAUUCACAUGUAGAGUGUUUCUUUCAGUAUCUCACAGUGUAUGUUUUAGAGUAUUAAUUACCUAGCCAGAUUUUAUUAGAGCCAUUGAGUUUUGCACAAUUAAAAUUGUAGCAACGGCAAAAUGGUAUGUGAUGUAAAACACAGAAUCUUUGCUUUUGCCAAAUGUACUUCUCUGGAUUUUCAAAGAGAUUUAGAUUUGCAUUUAGCAGAAGUGGGAAAAUAAUACUUUGUGUAGAAUUUCUAGAGUUGUUAUUUAUUUUAAAAUGCAAAGCUGAAGAGUUACAUUAAUUGUAAACUGGUUACAGAUAACUAGAAAAGAUUAUUCAUUUUAUAUUGCAAUAUUCUUGUGGCUGUCAUGGGACAAAUACAGUAAAAAUACAUUAUCACCUUUUACACAGAAUCAAUCUAGUAGAGGUCUUGCUCUGUCUGAAGUCAUUGAAAGAAACUUCCCCUGUCCUAAGAGCAAAUAAGAGUAAAGCUGCCAUCAAUAAAAAUGAGACCUGUGUAAUAGUAUACUCCUUUACAUUAAAUGAUAAGUUACAGCAUAAAAUCCACAAUCCAAGACACUAACUUGCAGUGAGUCCAGUGAGGGGCCUCAAAUAUGAUGAAUAGAUGGGAACAUCUGUUGUUGGAGGAGAGUCUGAGAGAGUUUGCACUGUGUAGGCAAGAAGAGCAAGGGAAUCUUAUCAAUGUGUAUAAAUAGCUGCAGAGAGGGAAUAAAAAACAUGGAAUCAGACUCUUCCUAGUGGUGUCCUGUAACAGAUCAAAUAAUAUAAUAUACAGGAAAUUCUAUUUAAUCAUCCUGUGAGAGCCGUCAAACACUGGAACAGGUUGUUCAGAGAGUUCAGACUGUAAAGUCUUUGUCCUUGAAGACUCUCAUAACAUGGCUGGACAAAGCCCUGAGCAAGCUGCUGUAGUUCACUGAGCUUUGAAUAGGACGAGACACUCUCCAGAGGUCCCUUUUAACCUCAGCUAUGCGGUGAUUCUGUAUGAUUUCAUUUAUCGUUAUCUGUAUAACUUUAAAAUGAGUCACAGAGGAAGCAGUGUCAAAGUAAGUUGAAGAAAGGGAAAUCUGAAGAGCUUCAGUCCAGUAGACUUUGCUGCUAUUGCAUUUAAUAUAUGAUUUCCUAGGCUAGAAAAUCCUUCCUUCAAUUCUCAGGGUGAGAGAGAAAAUUAGGCUGAAGAAGUCCAGGAAAGAAAUUUUACCUAGCUGUUAAUGUUUUUCUGAAAACUAAUGAUAAGUGCUAAUCUUCAAUAUAGUAUCAAAAACUGAAAUUAUAGCUUGAAAAGGAAAAAAAUUAGGGAGGAAUGAUUGAAGGAAAGUAGUAAGGAUCAGGUUUCUUGAUUCUGCUGAUCUGGAGUUUGGGGAUCAGUUCACAGAAGAGUACACAAAUGUAGACAUACCAAGUUAGCAGUAACUGCUGACAGAUCCUAAUAUGUUAAAGGUUGUAAUCUUUUGAAAGAAGUUGGUUGGCUUUCCUGUUGGCCCUCCUAUCAACUUUAACCUCCAACCUUCCCCGGCAUGUAUCACUACAAAUAAAACUGCUGAGGUUUGACAAGAGGAUAUAAAGUCAGUAGGCCAUCGCACAGAGAUCUCUACAUGAUUUUCUUUAACCUUAAGCUUAAAUGAACACUGCUUUAAGUCGGGGUUUUUAAUAAGAAGUCAUAAACACUCACCCAUAUCACUUUAGUUUAAUAAUUACCGUUUUAACAAAGAAGAGAAGAAAUAUACAUAGUAAAUUAUGUUUGACAACUGGAAUUUGGUGGUUUUGUUACCGGUUGUCUUUGACCAUUAUAUGAAUUGCUGUUCUCAAUUUUAAUGUAUACUUUUUCAUUCAAGCUGCAUAUGAUAUUGAUAUAAACAUCGCAUUUGUGUGCAGUGUUAUGAGUAAAUUUUUAGUUCUUGAUUAAGACAAACCACAUGACAAAAAUAACUUCUGUAUUUGUAUUUACUAUCGUCAGAAUAAUAAAUCCUUGAAUCUGUAGUCACCUGUGAUGAUUUUAGGAUUUCCUUUCUCUAUAAUGUUUUACAUGACUUUACAUGAUACCUUUUAAUAAACUAUGUAAGCCAUACUUACUAAAAGGUUUUUUUUUAUUUAUUAUUCCACUCCUAAAAGAUGCCUGAAUAGUGUUUUCUUUUUUGCCAUGGAGUGACCAUCCAUGGUAUUAACCCUUGCAAAAUCUGUAUUCUUACAACUUACUAACAUUGGCUAUAUAACUUAAAACUGUAGUGCUAUCCUAAAAUCAAAAUCCUUUCUAGUUUAAAACUAUACCAAUUUAAAAUCAGGACUCCUAUUCUGCAGUCUGGUAUGUCUGUGAAAAAUAUUGUGGCAUUGUAAUAAUUCUUUUUAUGCUUUUUGUUUCUCCUAUGUUGCCUUCUUUUACAUUUGUCCCUAUUUUCCAAAAGCAGUUAUUUUUGGGGCUGUGUAAGCAAUCUUUUCUUUCUCAAGUCCUUUGUUUACUGGCCUACAUUCCAGUCUUUGUACAAGCCCUUCGUCUCCUGAAAAAGUGUACUUCUUGUGCCUUACAAGUCCUCUUUCAAUUAUUAGAAAAGUACCUCUCUGCAGCUGAUGAGAUGCAUAGAUCUUCCCGUUAGUGAUGCUUUCUAUGCAUUUUCAAGUUUUCUUCAAAACUGCAACUACCAGAAACUAGGGAUCGCCUGUUUUUUCACUAAAUAUUUUGCAGUACGCUAUUCAGAUCUCAAUAAUCACAUCUUUAUUUUCUGCUUUUUUUGUCCAUUUUUCCA